GAGAGGCUGGGAGGGAGGCUGACUUUUUACCCAAACUCGCUCUACCUGUGAAUGACUUCCUGAACGACACAUCCACAAAGCUUCUAUCGGAUUACAAAACGCACAUUCCUCUCUCAACUCAAGAUUUAUCAUGAAGCUCAUCCUGUUGACUGUUUCGGUGCUGCUCCUGGUGGUAGCAGAGGGUACUGCGAACAGAAUCCUGUCCAGGAGGACCAAGAGGGAGCUUGCCAGUCCUCUCCAUGUUGGUGGCAUCAGGGACCCAUUUGGCUCGUACUGCCAGAGGAGAGGAGGUUGCUGCCCGGGCAGAGAUGAUCUGUGUACGGUGCCUUACCUGGACACCAUCUGCUACUGUGACCUGUUCUGCAACCGCACCGUCUCUGACUGCUGCCCUGACUUCUGGAGUCACUGUUUAGGCGUGGAGCCACCUUUCAUUGGCAUCUGCGAAAGAAAUGGAAACAGGUUCUUUACGGGGCAAACAUACAAAGAAAACUGCAAUUUAUGUACUUGUGGGACUUCUGGACGAUGGGAGUGUGAGCAGAAUGCCUGUCUGAUGGAGCCUGACAUGAUCCAUGCUGUCAACAGAGGAAACUAUGGGUGGAAGGCAGCUAACUACAGUCAGUUCUACGGCAUGACUUUGGACGAGGGCAUCCAGUACCGCCUGGGCACACAGAGACCCUCCAGGACUAUUAUGAACAUGAAUGAGAUCCAGAUGAACAUGGAUCCUCAGAGUGACCGUCUGCCGCUCCACUUCGACUCAGCAGAGAAGUGGCCAGGGAAGAUUCAUGAACCACUGGACCAGGGCAACUGCGCAGCUUCCUGGGCUUUCUCAACUGCAGCUGUGGCUUCGGACAGAAUUUCCAUCCAGUCAAUGGGUCACAUGACUCCUCAGCUGUCGCCCCAAAAUCUUAUUUCCUGUGACACACGCAACCAGGGGGGCUGUGCCGGGGGACGCAUCGAUGGAGCUUGGUGGUACCUUAGGCGUCGAGGAGUGGUGACAGAAGACUGUUACCCAUACCGAUCCCCGCAGCAAACACCGGCGGAGGUUGGCCGCUGUAUGAUGCAAAGCCGCUCGAUUGGCCGAGGGAAGAGGCAGGCCACGCAGCGCUGCCCCAACACACACAACUACCACAACGACAUCUACCAAUCCACACCUCCCUACAGGCUCUCAUCCAAUGAAAAAGAGAUUAUGAAGGAGAUUAUGGAUAAUGGCCCUGUGCAAGCUAUUAUGGAGGUCCAUGAGGACUUCUUUGUCUAUAAGAGUGGGAUCUACAAACACACUGACGUCAGCUUCCCCAAAUCGCCACAAUACCGCAAACAUGGCACACACUCAGUCAGGAUCACUGGGUGGGGAGAGGAGAGAAACUUUGAUGGGAAAUCAAGAAAAUAUUGGAUUGCUGCCAACUCCUGGGGGAAGAACUGGGGAGAGAACGGCUACUUCCGCAUCGCUCGCGGGGACAAUGAAUGUGAGAUUGAAGCAUUUGUGAUCGGAGUGUGGGGCAGGAUCACGAUGGAGGACAUGCACAACCAUCAUCACCACCAUCGUCGUCGACACAUUUAGAGACACCACAGAAGUUAAAACCCCAUCAAGACCUUUGUUUUUAUCCCACCUAUAGUGAGGUGUUAUCCCAGAGGAGAACCACAUCAAGAGUCUUUGAACUUCAUCACUUCCCCUUGUCCACCAAGCUGGCUGGGACAGCCACAAAAUCAACCCCAGAGCCCCUGAACCUUCUCCUAUUACCCCUUACUUCACUCUGGGGAUCAGUACAACCCCUCUUCUUCUCCAUCUUUAAGACAAAAACCUUUCCCAUUUCUCCUGUAACUCAAGGUUUAUGGCACCAAAAACAAAGAAAAACUAAGCUAAAGUUCUUUUAUGUUGCCUUGCAAUUAAGCACCUCAGGUACCGACUGUUCCAAAGACCACACUUCCCAGAAUCCUCAUCGUAAUAUCUGGUGAAACAUGUUUAUGUCAAGUUGGCUGAUGACAGAAGGAGAAGCUCAAUCUGAUCUUUUUAUGCUUUCAUGUGUCAACCUGAACCUUUUGUCUUCUCUAGCUCUAAAUCUAUAAUCCAGAUGGACCCAAUUUCAGAGGGACAGCUUGGAAAAGAGGAAAUCUGAGAGCCAGAUUCUUAGACAUCAGACCCUUUCAGAGAGACACACCCAGCUUAACAGUGUAACAUGAUAAUAUAUCAUAGAUGACCUUACUGACAUUGACCUGUCAGCUAUUCACAGUCACAGUUUGGCUCGUUCCCUCGGUUUUAGAGAGGACACACUUGUAUAGAGUUAGUAGCUGCAGGCAGUAGAGUUUCUCACACAUUCCAGUAAAAACAUAGAAUCUAACACUGGAAACAUUAGGCGGUUUGGCGUAUAAGAUUACAAAAAAACUCUGAUUUGGGAUUUUAGGAGAAUUUACAAUGCCACUGACCAUGACCAAUUAGAAAGAAUCAAUUACGCUUUGAUUUUUUAAGCACUGUGGGGAAAUAAAGAAACUGGCUAAAUCCUGGCCUUGUAACACAUGUUUAUCCUGGGAAGUAGUGUCAGUAGAUAAACAUGUAUCAUCUGUUCUUGGCUGCAGGUGAAAUAAGUUAUUUUCAGGCAAGCUAGAUGAAAAAGAAUAAACAUGAACAAUGAGAAAGAUGUAAAAAAAAAAAAAAA